ACGGUCACACACUCCACACAACGACGUUUUUGCGAAAUAACAAAGCGUCAAUACGUUUGUAUGUACGGUCACUCGAGGGCGCUUGAUUUCUGUUGUUGUAUGAUACUACGUUAUAGCUUGUGCAGUUAUGUACAUAUAUGUGUGUUUACUACAAAUAGUAUUGUGUACUGUGUAAAAAAAGAAAAAAAUAGAAAGACAUAAAGUAGUAAAAUACAUUUUUGCUAACCUCAUCAUAUUAUAAAUAUUUAUAUACGUGGAUAACAACGUAAAAGAGAUGGAAAUAAAUAAUGAGAUUGUUCUAUUAAGACAAUUCGUUCGUCAGGCUCGCAUUUGCAUAAUAAAUAAAUUGAUCAGAGAGGCGAAGAGGUUAUGUGCUAGCAAUGGUAAUGAAAAACUCUUGGAAAAAAAUAAGAAUAAAGCGAACAAACUCUUAAGGGAGGUAUUUGCAUUGAAACGUGUCAAAGAGGAUGAGAUAUCGAAAUUCGGAAUUAUUAAAUUUAAAUGCCUGCAAGAUAUAUUACAAAAUCCACAGAUUGACGACAAAACUCGUGCCAUGGCAAAAGUUGUUCGUUACAAAUCUUUAAGUUUGAAAAUAAUGGAAUUUCAGGAGAAGUUUCCAGACUAUGAUAAGCAUAUUUCUGGGAGAAAAACAAAGAAUUCGACAAAAAAGAAAGGAGUCUGCAAUUCAGAUUCACAAGUGAAACGAUUAGAAAACGACAUAAACAACUCUGUAGAAAAAGUCCAUGGAGAGAAUGCAAAAAUUAUCAAUGACGCUACACCAGCUGGUCAUGUACCUUGUCAAAAAGAAAGAAAUGGUAAUAGAAAAUGUGAAAAAUUGUUGAAAGGAACAAAAUUAAACGUAAAAUCUAAAGACGAUGAAGGAAACGUGAUGGGAAUACUUAACAUUCAAGAUGUAAAGAUAGACUCUAAGAAUGAUCAAAGUUCUAAGAUUAUUACCAAAGUCAUUAGUAAUGAGGCCACUGUUAAACGAUUCACGGAGGUUUUGCAAGAAACGGAGGAGGAACAAAAUGAAAUAUAUAAAACAACUAAGAAUCAACAAUCUUCCAAUGAAACAACCGAAUUUUCAAAAAACGCAGACGAUUUUUUUUUGCAUACAAAUGAAGUAACUUUGCGUUCAAAUGAUACAUUUUCCAAAGAGAAAAACAUUACUAGUCAAUGUAAUAUUAAUCACAAUGCAUUUAAAUCUAAUCAGACUAAAAACAAAAAAGAUAAAUUGUAUAAUGGAAAGAUAUAUAAAGAGAAAAGAAAUAAUAGAAAAGGAGAAAUGAAUUGUACAAACGUAUUUUAUAAUCAAAAUGAUACGUCAGAAACCCGGAAACAAAAUAGGAAAGGUACACAAGUUGAAAGAAAGGAAAAAAUUAAUAGCACAAGUUCUGCAGAAUAUGAAAAUCUACAUCCUUCUUGGGUUGCAAAAAAGAAGCAACAAGAUAUUAUGAAACAGGGAUUUCAAGGGAAAAAAAUUAAAUUUGAUGAAAACUAAAUAAUGAAUUUCACUAUCGACUAAAUACAUUUCUAUAAAUGUAUAAUUUCCAAAAUGAAGGAACAAUAUUAUGUCAAUCUUAAUAAACAAGAAUUUAUAUAUUUUAUAUAUGUUUCAUACUUUUUGCGUUAAUUAAAACACGUUGUAAAAGGAGAUUUUUUAUUCAAUAUCUAAAAUUGAAAUUGAUUUCAUUGCAGCUGAAAAUUAGUCAUUGAAAGACUUUAUAAAUGAAAGACUACUUUUAUUUUUAUUUAAUUAAUCUUAUUCGAAACUGGUAUGCGAAAUGGGCAGAAUAACAGAAUACACAUGGAUUAUGUUGUAGUUGAAAGUGUGUAUUUGCAUUUUACAUAUAUGUACAUAUGUGCGUUGAGCGUUUAAACAUAAUUUCUGCAAUCUCUAUAAGAUUGGGUUAACAAUCGUAAUUACAGUGAUAUGUCCCCCCUUUUCUCCUACUCGAACAUGUAUUUUUUUUUCUUUUUAGAUCGAUAUUGUGUUCGUUGUUUGUCAAACGAUAUUUAGGUCGUUUACUUGAUAUUAACGAGGGGUCCCCAGAAAUAUGACGUGUAUUAACGCAGUAGUUAUAGUUUAUGAAUCUGUUGUAAGUAGUUGACCAUAGUAAUCACGACUAUUUCUUCUUAAAUCAUAUCUUUCUCAUUCACUGUCUGAAUAUAAUGUACAUCGUAAUAAAAAAUAAAAAAUUUUAAUUACAUUA